AGGUCACGUGACCUGAAAGAUGGCGGCUCCGGGUGAGCGAGAAGCGGGCGGCGCUGCAGAAGAAGCGUUUCUCACCUUCUACACCGAGGUGAAGCAAAUAGAAAAGCGAGACUCUGUUCUAACAUCAAAAAACCAGAUUGAGAGGCUUACCAGGCCUGGAGCAUCCUAUUUUAACCUGAAUCCAUUUGAGGUAUUGCAGCUGGAUCCUGAAGUUACAGAUGAAGAAAUAAAGAAGAGAUUCCGUCAGUUAUCCAUAUUGGUGCAUCCCGACAAAAACCAAGAUGAUUCUGAAAGAGCCCAGAAGGCAUUUGAAGCUGUUGACAAAGCGUACAAGCUGUUGCUGGACCAGGAACAGAAAAAGAGAGCCUUGGACGUGAUUCAAGCAGGGAAGGAAUAUGUGGAGCACAUUGUGAAAGAGAAAAAGAAGCAGUUAAAGAAGGAAAGCAAGCCAACCAACGUCGAAGAGGAUGAUCCAGAAGUAUUCAAGCAAGCUGUCUACAAACAGACGAUGAAGCUCUUUGCUGAACUGGAAAUCAAAAGGAAAGAAAGAGAAGCAAAAGAGAUGCAUGAAAGGAAGCGGCAGAGAGAAGAGGAGAUCGAGGCACAAGAGAAAGCCAAGCGUGAGCGAGAGUGGCAGAAGAACUUCGAGGAGAGUCGGGAUGGCCGCGUCGACAGCUGGAGGAACUUCCAGGCAAAUACAAAAGGGAAGAAAGAGAAGAAAAACAGGACCUUUUUGAGGCCCCCGAAAGUGAAGAUGGAGCAGCGCGAAUGAGCCCGUUUUCUCCCAGGCUUUGAAAGGACUCUCCCGUACCACUGCAUUUAAACCCUCCUUGCUUUUCCCGUAGGAUCUUUUUGUUUUCCAGUACGAUUGAAUCUUGGUCAAAGUAUUUUUUGUUUUCCUGUACUCUGCCCAUUUGCCUGAGGUUCAUGGUGUGCUGUCCAGGGCCCAGCUGAUCUUAGAACACUUGGCUUACGUAGGAAGACCCUGCCAUUAACCGCCCAUCACAUUUCCCAGUAGUCCUGUAAUUUAAUGUUCUGUACUUCCGAGAAUAUUUACUGUAUCUGCCUUAAUUUGUAGGAAGUGUCCCACUGAGGCAGAUGCUACAAGAUGGUGUCUUGGUGACCCCCCCACCCCCUUGCUCACUUCGGUCAUCGGCUUCUCCUCUACAUUGGUCUCCACUUGUCAAUAGUGAGGAUUUGAGCUUGGAAUCAGGUGUACAGCUUGACUUGCAAAUCAGCUGCAUGGAGCUGAAAUUAUCCCCUGGCUCUGAUUCCUAGCUGGCAACUCCUGUUUUUUAGGACUACAGAUUUUGGGGCGGGGGGGGGGUGUCUGGUAAGCUUGAUGGGCCAGUCAACUUCUGUAAAUAACUAAAACUAUUAUUUCAUUGACUAUUCGGUUAGUGGCAAUGUUCUGUAUGUAAAAUAAAU